UGAAUUUUGGUGGCGACACAACAACUAAAAAUUAUGCUGCAUUUGUUUGCUAAAGAAAAUUAUGCUGCAUUUCAAAAUUUAUUAAUGUAUAUAUAUUAAAUUUUCAUGUAGUUUUUAAUAUUUACUGAAACUGUUAUUUAAACUAAUACGAGAGUUAUAUUCUAUGAUUCUUUGAACAUUUAGCUCUUGUAAGUAACUAACUUUUUUAUACUCAUACUUUAUAAAAGUUUCAGAAACUUACAUUGUCAACAUGAAUUAGUUGCAGCAACUUUUAUUCCACACAUUGCUUCACAAACUUGAACAUCUCCUUCUCCUCUCAUCAUUUUUCUUCUAGUUUGAUCAAAGGGCAUUUUCAUCAUUUCACUUAUUUGAUUUGAUUAAAGUCAAAUGGACACGUCACAAGAGCUAACUAAGAUCUUGUUCCGACAAGACACAAGACAAAGAUGAAAGGCUCUUCUAUGUUUCUAUAAAUAAAGCAAAGAACAAAACCACUUAACUAAGAUCUUGCAUUCGCCAUUUUCUCUCUUCUCAAUUAUCUCUCUACCUCAAAGGUGCAGCUAAUAACUAGAUGUUAUAACAAAAUGGGGAGAUCACCGUGUUGCGAUGAGAGUGGAUUAAAGAAAGGGCCAUGGACGCCAGAAGAAGAUCAGAAACUGAUAAAUCACAUAAGAAAACACGGCCAUGGAAGCUGGAGAGCUCUACCCAAGCAAGCCGGUUUAAACCGGUGUGGGAAGAGUUGCAGAUUGAGAUGGACUAAUUACUUGAGACCAGAUAUCAAAAGAGGAAACUUCACAGCUGAGGAAGAGCAAACCAUCAUCAACCUUCAUUCUCUUCUUGGGAACAAGUGGUCGUCUAUAGCUGGUCAUCUCCCAGGAAGAACGGAUAACGAAAUAAAGAACUAUUGGAACACGCAUAUUAGAAAGAAACUUAUUCAGAUGGGGAUCGAUCCCGUGACCCAUAGGCCAAGAACCGACCAUCUAAACGUUCUAGCCGCUCUCCCGCAACUACUAGCUGCCGCAAAUUUCAACAACCUCUUGAAUCUAAAUCAAAAUAUACAACUUGAUGCAACAAGUGUUGCAAAAGCCCAAUUGUUACAUAGUAUGAUUCAAGUCCUUAGCAGCAACAAUACCUCUUCUUCUUUUGACAUUCAUCACACCAACAAUAAUCUCUUUGGCCAAUCUUCUUUCUUAGAGAACCUACCAAAUAUUAGUGAAAAUCCUUAUGAUCAAACCCAAAGCCUCUCUCACAUCGACAAUCAGUCUCUGGAUCCGUUUUCUAGCCCGAUUCGAGUAGUUGCUCAUCAACUUGAUCAGAAUUUGAUUCCGCCCUUGAUUUCGGCAUCCCCUGAUGAGUCUAAGGAAACCCAAAUGAUGGUCAAGAACAAGGAAAUCAUGAAGCAUAAUGAUCAUACUUCAAACCCUUCGUCGACCUCAACGUUCACACAAGAUCAUCAGCCAUGGUGUGACAUAAUUGAUGAUGAAGCAAGUGAUUCUUAUUGGAAAGAGAUCAUAGAGCAAACUUGUUCGGAGCCUUGGCCAUUUCGUGAAUAGAGAUGAAAGAAAAACAUUAGUCUUAUUUUUUCUGUGGAUAUACUUAUAUAGAUAUAUACAUAUAUGUUGUUAAUUAACUUUCAUACAGUUUGUGUCUUAAUUAUUUUUCGACCAUAUAUACAAAACACAUUGAUCAUACUGUACAAAACUGAUUAUCAUAUAUUUGUAUUAUAUUAAUCUUUCAU